AUGGCGACCAACAUGAGCGCCAGAAAGACCAAUCUAGUGCCAAACACAAUUAUGCCGACCAGCAAGAGGCGUACGGUAGGCGUCGCGAGACCUCCGCCACAUGCUGACGGAAAAUGGAUGGCACUUCCUGUCUCCGAGUCGGCGGCCAGAAGAAUUAUACCAGCAAAGACUGGUCCAACAUUGUCCACACCGGCAAAAAUCAGGAAUCCGGCCUCCACAGCUCCCACUACCGCGCGCUUCUCCGCAAAGCAGCUAGCGAACACCACAGUCAUACCAUCGGCGAGCAAGAAGAGGACUUCGACCGAAGCUGGUCUGGCGGCGCCCGAAAGCAAAAAGAAGCAGACCCGCAUUAUAGCUCCAAUUAUACAUGCCUCGAACGCAGCGACUCUCACAGCGCCUGCGCAGAAGAAGACUCCGUCCGCCAUGGCACCAUCAUCUGUUAAAGUAUGUGAUUCGGCCGCAGGGACUGCCAAAGCGCCUGCCAACCAAAAUGCGACAGCAAAGCCGCAGCAAAAAAGAAUCACAAAAAAAUCUGCUCCGCCUCCGACCAAUCUCUUCAUGAAACUCCCAACCGAGAUCCGCAAUAAGAUCUACGGGCUUAUCGGCAUCCUGCGAGAGAGUCCCGAAGAAACCAUUCACGUUGGCUCAAUUGCUCAGCAGGGUAACGAUCAAAGCGCGGUCUUCCGCAAAAGUUCGCGUCAACGCUCUCAUGUCCAGAACCUCAUGCGAACAUGUCGGCCUAUUCGCGAAGAAGUUGGGAGAAUCAUCUACAGCGGUAAUUUCCGCCUCGUAGGCCAGGCAUUUGCGAAAUGGAUUCCAAGCAAGUUCACUGCGCAGCAUAUUAGCCACUUGACGAUCCAGCUGGGUAUGAUCGACCGGAUUGCGAGGCGUGAUUGGAAGAAGCUUGCGAAUGCGAAGUAUCUCGAUCGUCUGAAGCUGGAAAUUUCGCAUAGGAGGAUCGAGACGAUAUCUGUCAAGGACGUGACAGAGAAUAUGAAGGAAUGGGCGCUGUCGAUGAGGACAGAUCGCAAAGGUCUGAACAUGAGACCUGUACUGAAGAUGCUGGAGUUUGGCGCUGUUGAGGGAGCCACUGUGGAAGAGCAAAAGGCGGUGGAAGAGUUCGGUAGCAAGGUGAGAGAGGAGUUGCGUGCAAUUUUCAAAAGCACUCCGGGAUAA